CGCGCCAAAAACUAGUCCUCAGGAAAUUAGCGCCUGAAAUUUCCCAAUUGAACCCAUUUCGUACCGUAAAUAUGCCAGCUCGGUCUACUGGACUCAUGUAAAGAGGACUUAAGGCUGUGCUUUCUCCACCUUUUAUUAGCGGACGUCACGUCUUUGUAAAUUGACAAAAUUGUCUGCCGCAGUUGUAAACAGCAGCUUAUAUAAAUCCAUUUUUACCGGCUGUUCCGGUAUUUUCUCUUGAGUGGGCAGUAAUAUACCAGACACCCCUUGUGAUGUGAUGCUGGGUGGUGUGAUGUGUGCGAUGUUCAGGUCUUUACCCUUAGAAUAAGUCAUGUCACGCCAGCCUACUUUUCUAUCUCUUCACGACAGCUCAGGCCGACUGAAGCAGUAUUGAAUAUUGACUUUCUAAGAAAGCCACCUCUAUCACAGGCGUUCCAAGUUCACGUCUCGAGAAAUCCCAGACACGUAUGUAUUUAUUCAUGAAAGCGUCACGUGUUGUGUUACGCGGUGUUAGGCUACGCGAGGAACCGUUGUGAACCCGUUUAAGGAAUUGUAUGGAAAACGAAAUACGAACAAUUGACCUCGGUAAAUAUUCCGUAAUACGAACGUUUAGUCAAAAUAUUGAUAAAAAUUACUCAUUCCGUGUGUGUCAGUUGGGUUUCCGGUGAUCCCUUCCGCUUUUUGCUUGCUAUGCCAUCACUUUUAUUCCUGAUUAAACGGAGUGAUGGCAAAGCAAGCCCUAAACGGCAGAGACAAAUGGAGUCCACAACGAACCGUUCGUAUUUCGGAAUAUUUAGCGUAGUAAAUCGACAUAUUUUGUUCCUUACACUAUUUCUUAUGAAGGAUUUAAAUUCUUAACGGUUCCUCCCGCAACAUAACACCGCGUAACACAACUCGUGACGCCUUCAUGAACAAAUACAUACGUCUCUCCCUUUUCACGAAACAUGAGCUUGGGAUACCCGUGCCAUGACGAUGCAUUUUGUCGAAGAAAUAUCUGAAAUGUCCGCUCUCUGUUCACAGUGAAUGGAGUAUUUGGCAUACCGUGAGAGAAGCCAAUGCGAGUGUCUAACAUUUUAAAGAAGCAUUUGUCACAUGAAGCAGAAGCAUUUGCUGACGUGGAACACAAUCCCAAAUCGAGGUCAAAUUCCGCCGCGAUAAACAAACUCACGAACACACUAGGAAUGACUACAUUGAGCUGCCUUCGAAGACUCGUCAUGAUAACAGUUUUGAGGAGAAAUAUCUUCUUAAUUCGCUUUUUUGGUAUACUUGUCAUAGCUUCUUUGCUGACUUCGUUCCUGUUCUUAGCACACGUCGAUGAAGAUAAGAGAGAAAGUGUUACUCGAGAAGGAUUACAACGUGAUUUUAACUUGGCAAAGACCGUUCCAGAGAAAAAGACAUACUUUAGGAAAAAGAAACGAACCGGACUGAAAGCUGGGAAAAAUAUUCCAUUCAAUCCAUUGCCGAUGUCUUCUAGACCUGAGGAUUAUUUACUCAACAGAAUCAGCGAUGAAAGUUCGUCCUUGCGACGAAGUUCGGAGGAGGGUAAAAUCUCAGUAGCCCGUGGCCUUGAGCGCACUAAGAAAUCAAAGCUUCCCGCUGUUUGGGAUAUAUGGAGUAGCCGCCAAAGGGCACGAAGGACUGUUAAAGAACUCAAACCAGCCGAAGAUGUGGAAAACGAUGAGCAAUUACAAAUAUUCACCACCGAUAAUGUAGUGAAAGACAACACUAAGGAAUUCAACACUUUUACUAAACAAUCAGAGGCGAUAUUCACCGCUACCCCUGAUAUUGACGUGGAAAAACAAACUACAUAUGCAAAAUAUCACUCAAAUGUUGUUAGGGAUCCACACUUAGAACCCAACGCGUACAGGCACAGAAAUGUUAAAGAUAAGUUGCAUAACACAGGUGUGACUGUAAUACGACCUACGGAGAAAAGAGGAUUCACCGCGCAGAUUAAUUCUCCUGUCAUGCACAAUUCAUCUGAGCGGCAGAACACUGACAAAUCCCGAAUAAAUGACAAUCAAAAAGCGGAAACUUUAAACACAGAGGAAAUUGUGAAUGUGAAGAUUAGAGAUUUGGAAACGUCAACACCAGCUAAUAAAGAUUUACUCAGACACCCAACCGCGACGAGAACCGUCAAAUUGCAUUCAAGAGCCACAAGUUUUCCUCCUGUCCACGAAGGAAACAGACUAAGAACCCCAGUUCCUGGAGAUUCAUUAGAAAAAUUAGCCUACCAUCGUACACCUAAUGCUUCUCCAGAGCCAAGGAAAGCUGUUAAUAUUGAAGCUGAGAAAAAAGAGCAGGCGGAAACAUCCCAUACGAAGGAAAUUGUGGCUCUGAGGAUAGGUGAUUCGGCAACGUCAACGCCAACCGAAAAAGCUGUACUCAGACACCAAGCUAUCGCGCAGAGAUCUGUCAAAUUGCAUACAAGAGCCACAAGUUCUCCUCUAGUUCAUGACGGAAACAGCCUAAAAGCACCAGUACCAGAUGUGGCUGAUCAUGAAAAACGAAACAUUGAAAAGCCAAGAUUAACCUCGCAUAUGGAUUCCCCUGCCUUGGGUUAUUCAUCUGUGCAACAGAGCCCAGUCAAAUCCCGAAUAAUAGAAAACAAACAGUCGGAAACUUCCAAUACCGAGGAAAUUGCGGCCGUGAGGGUAAAAGGUUCGGCAACGUCAAAGCUAGCCAAUAAUGAUUUACUCAGACACCCAACAAUCGCGCCGACAACUGGCAAUAUGCAUUCAAGAAGCACAGGUUUUCCUCCUGUCCACGAAAGAAACAGACCAAGAGCCCCAGCUCUUAACGAGCCACCAGAAAAAGUAACCAGUCGACGUACACCCGAUGCUUCUCGAGUACAAAGGAAAACUGUUAUUAUUGUAGCUGAACCACGUACAGGCUCAUCAUUCCUCGGUGAUGCUUUCAACCAAAAUCCGGAUGUUUUCUAUUUAUUUGAACCUCUUCAUGGAGUUGUGCUGGACCCAAAGCAACACGAGCACGACCCUAGACCGAUGCAAUUCCUCGCAGGAAUUUUAGGCUGUAAAUUUCUUUCUCUUAGGUAUGUUAGAGAAAUCCAAAAUUUCCGAAGGUUCUCGAGUAACGCACUUUCCUCGCCGCCAUUGUGCCGAGAAAAAACGUCCCUUAAUACGGCGAAGAAAAAUAAGUGCUCCUUCUUAACCACGAUAAACAUGGAAAACGUUUGCACGCUAGACUAUAAAGUUACAGUCAUCAAGAUUCUCACUUCUAGAAUACCCAGAAACAAGGUCGAGUCACUGUUUCCUCUGUGUAAUUGGACCACAUGCUCGAUUAUUUACCUGGUUAGGGAUCCUCGUCCAGUUGUCUUUUCUCAUAUGAAAGUGGGAAUAAAAACAUGGUCUUAUUUCAGAGGUCUUGCAAAAGACGGCGCCCCUCGCCCAAGUGUAAAGAUGUAUAGUGCUCAGAUCUGUCGUCAAAUUGAAGCGAAUGUGAGAACUUUUCUAAAGCUGACCAAAAAAACAAACAAUAGAUACCACAUGCUCCGUUACGAAGACCUUGCUAGAAAUCCGGUUGAAACUUUGCAAAGGAUGUACAAAAUAUCUGGAAUAACAAUGCAUAAUGAUACUCUCAGAUGGAUAAAAAAUCACACUUCAAAUCAAAACACUUCCUCAAAGAAUGGGCAAGGCUAUAACUUCUCUACAAGGCGGGACUCAAAGGCUAACAUCGAUAACUGGAGGCUUGAGGUGGAUCCCUGCAUUGUUAACGUUAUCGAAGAUAGUUGCCGUCCUUUAAUUCAGUUGCUAGGUUAUAAACUUCUAAACAGGUCGGAGGAAACGCAGUAUAACCUUACAGCGUCGCUUUAUGAUCAUAUUAAUAUGAUUAACUAAUGACCAACGUGACGGUUUACCGAUUUCAGGGUGGUACAGGGCUGAUCUGUGAUCCGUGAAGUGAAGAACUUGCGUGAUCCGUGAUCUUGCUGUGGGAACGUACGUCGUGAAACAUCCGUAACUUUCGGUGAAAAACGAAACUUUAACUAAAAGAGUCUCGUAUAUCAAUUUAUUUAUCCAAAGCAUUUAUUUGACAAUUUGACUUUUUUUUAUGCACGGUACCAAUUAACAUUUACUUACUCGGUCAUCAUGAUUUUAAACAACAACAGAUUCAUUACUCAAACUAAUUAUAUUAUUUAUCGAGAUCGGUUGUAUGUAAACAUCAAUGUUAUCCUUUCGUAACUAUCACUAAAGGAAUCGAAAUUAAAUAAGUGUAAGUAACAACAUGA